GUGACCUCCGGAGUUUGCGCACUCGGCCGGUGGCUCACUAAGGCCGCCAUGCUUGUGUCAAGAUUGCGGAUCUUUCCGCGUUAUAUGAGAUUGUUUUCUGUCUGUAGAUCGCAGGCAGCGAAGCCAAAGGGAAAUGUGUCCAAUUGUCAAGAAAGACCUGAUACACUUUACAAGACAUGUCUUCUUGGCAACAGUUCAUGCAGACACAUAUAUUUGAACCGGAUCCAGGUUGUUGGAAAUGGAAGUCGUAGCAUUCACAGGUCUUCAGUCAUAUAUGAAGACAAAAUUGUUAACACUCCACCUUUUGCUGAAUCUGUCACAGAAGGAGACAUCAGAUGGGAGAAAGCUAUAGGUGAUGCUGUAUCGGAGGAUGAAGUUAUUGCAGAAAUUGAGACUGACAAGACUUCUCUCCAAGUGCCAUCACCUGUGGCUGGAGUGAUUGAGGAGUUAUUUGUUGCUGAUGGCGAUACCGUAAACCCUGGACAGCAGUUAUGUAGAAUAAAAAUAGGAGCUGCCUCUUCUAAGCCAGCUGCAGCAGCUACAACACCACCUCCACAGAAAGCCGCAGCACCACCCCCUCCAGAGCCAGCUGCAGCAGCAGCAGCAGCACCACCCCCAACACCGUCUAUGGCUGGACCCAUCCCAACUAGUCCUCCUCCUGUACAGCCUCUUCCUACAGGACCAAAGACGUCAAAGCCUACCUCUUCCAUCAAGCCUUCGCAAGCACCUCAGUUACAGCCUAUGAUGGGUACCAGGUCAGAGCAGAGGAUUAAGAUGAACCGUAUGAGACUGCGUAUUGCCGAGAGGUUGAAGGAGGCACAGAAUUCAUGUGCAAUGCUAACAACCUUUAAUGAGAUAGAUAUGGGUAAUAUUAUGGGAAUGCGAGGUAAACACAAGGAAGCUUUUAUGAAGAAGUUUGGCCUCAAGCUUGGCUUCAUGUCUGCCUUUGUGAAGGCCUCAGCCUAUGCUCUCCAAGACCAGCCAGUAGUGAAUGCUGUCAUAGAUGAAACUGAAAUAGUUUACCGUGAUUACGUGGACAUCAGUGUAGCAGUGGCUACUCCAAAGGGUCUAGUAGUUCCUGUGAUACGAAAUGUUGAGAAGAUGAAUUAUGCAGACAUAGAGAAAGCCAUUAAUGAUCUUGGAGAGAAGGCAAGAGCUGGUUCUCUAGCUGUUGAAGACAUGGAUGGUGGUACCUUCACCAUCAGCAAUGGUGGCGUGUUCGGAUCAAUGUUUGGGACGCCAAUUAUUAAUCCUCCUCAGUCAGCAAUUCUUGGCAUGCAUGGUAUUUUCGACAGACCUGUGGCUAUCGGUGGUAAGGUUGAGAUUCGUCCAAUGAUGUAUGUUGCUUUAACUUACGAUCACCGAUUGAUUGAUGGUCGUGAAGCCGUUUUCUUCUUAAGAAAAAUUAAAUCUGCAGUUGAAGAUCCAAGAACGAUAUUACUAGAUAUAUAAAAUUUAAGUUGUAAAAUAUUUUGCCUUCAAGACAGCUGCUAGUGAGGAAAAUGGGUCAUUUUAUGUUCCUGAGUCUCAGUUUGUGUGAUUUGAGGUCAAAUGUGGGUUUUACUUAGGUUUGUCAGUUUUAUUUUUCUUGUAGAUUAUACAGGGUUUGACCUCAUAAUUAUGUUUGGCUACUAUUAUCCGUGUUAGGCUGCCUGAAACAUAUUUUGGUAGUUACACAUGCAACCAAAUAUUUUUCUCCAGUAAUUGACAUCAAAAUUAGUUUUAUAUGUUUACAUCAAAAAAUAUUUUGAAUGUCGUAAGAUAAUUAGUGGGCCAUUAAAUGUGUAGACUAGUCCGUUUGUGUCACGUCUUUACGGAGUGAAAAGGUGAGAUAUAGGUAUUACUUUUCCAGGGGUUGCGACAACAGCAUCAACUUUUACAUUAAAGUUUCACAUUUCGAUCCAUUUCUCACAAACUAGAAGUCCUAGAUCAGUGAAACUUGGUUUAUAGUUGCACUGAAAACGUUUAUGGUAGGCGAGACAUUUAAUGCUGCAGAAUUAAUUUUUCAUCCUCUCUGUGUAAAGUAAAUAAAAGCCUUUGUAUUACAUCUAAGCCAAAAUAAAAUGCAUAUGGAACUGGCCUAGCAGGUCUUUAAAAACACUAGCAUUAUAUUACAUUAUAUUACAUUAUAUUACAUUCACUGUUACAGUUUGUAAAUAUAUAGUAAUUUUUGUUCUUGUGUAAUAUAUUAUUUGGUUACUAAAAUAUGUAGCCAUCUCACUGUAAAUCUCUUUCUUACUGAUACUUCAGAACUUCUGAUGCAUAAUCAAAUAAUAAAUGUGAGACUUUCAACUGCUGGUGACAGUAGUUUCUGACAUUUGUAGGCCUUUCGUUUCUUGUCUCCAGGAUAAGAUAAUUAUACUGCCCUUUUCAUUCAUCACUCAGUUCCGAUUUAGAAUUCGUCCAUUUAACUGGAUGGACAUAAUCACUUUGGUAGAUCUAUUUUGUGAAAUACAUUCAUAAUAAGCUUUAAGUACAGAUAUAUUAAAAUUGCUAUCCAAGUAUUGAUUUUUUCAUUGAGAAUACGGUCACAAGGCUUACAGGAAGUUUUAGUCAUCGAAACCUAAAUUCAUGAAAAUACUCUUUCACUAAGAUACUAUCUGGUUUGAAAAAUGUACAAAGUAUAUAGUCACUGUUCACAAACUGGCCACUGUAAAUUAUUAUUUUUCAGAAACCAGUAAUGUUAAAAUUGUAAUUUGAAUUGCAUACAAUAUAAUAAUAAUAAUCGAUGCUAUUUGGGCAUGCCAAUAAUUGAAUAUAUAUACUGUAAUUGUGGCAUAAACAGCAUCAUGCUUCCUUACUCAUUUGUAAGAUAAUUUCUUUGGUUUCAUUUGUUGUUUGUUUUUGUCUUAUUAAAGUAUUUUGUAUGUAAGUAUCUGAUUGGCUUUCUUUCAUUAUGAUUUUGACUGGUCUGUACAUGGGUGAUAAGGUAGUAAGUAAUAUACUGAUAAGUAUGUAGUCCUUCCUGUACAGUGCCCUGAAAUAAUAGCUGUUCAAUGCAGCCUCUGUCAUUUCUGUUUAUACUGAAAAUGUGCAUAUUUAUUUACAUUAAGUUUAUUUAUGAAACACAGUAUUUUUAACUGAAUGUAUAAAGUUAAUUCUAACUUAAUGUGUAAUAAAAUGGCUUUGAUUGUAA